UUUCCGGUAGCUGCAGAGAGCAAUGAGGUCUGCCCUGAGCCUCCUCUUCUCCAGACCAAACACCCCCAGUUCCCUCAGCCGCUCCUCACAGGACUUGCGCUCCCGGCCCUUCACCAGCCUCGUAGGCCUUCUCGGGAGGGGCCUUUCCCCGUGAGGUGCUGGGACAGGCCCCGCGCGGCGGAGGAGAGCAAAGCUGCCCGGAGCAGGGCGCCUCGGGGUAGCGCGGCGCCUUCGCGCUCUGCCCGUUUCGCCCCACGGCGCUCGCCGUAGCUCUCAGGUGGUGUCGGGCAGCGGCGGGGCGGCGCGGCGCGAGGCCUCCUGGGACAUGUAGUCUUCCCGGCCGUGCCGCCGCAUUGGAGCCCGGUUCUCCGACGCCGCCCGCGAACUACAGCCGGCGGCCGGCCGGCGUCUGCCCGCGAGGAUGGCGGCUCCCUUGGUGCUGGCGGUGCUGGUGGCCGUGACGCUCCGGGCCGCGCUGUACCGCUCGAGCCUCGCCGCUUUCAUCUCCGAGCGGGUUGAGGUGGCGUCGCCGCUGAGCGCCUGGAAGCGAGUGGUCGAAGGAUUAGCUCUGUUGGAUUUAGGGGUCUCACCAUAUUCUGGAGCUAUUUUUCAUGAGACCCCGCUGAUAAUAUAUCUCUUUCACUUCCUGAUUGAAUAUGCUGAAUUGGUCUUCAUGAUAACUGAUGUACUAACAGCUGUUGCCCUUUACUUGGCCAUCCAGGACUACAACAAAGUUGUGUUCAAAAAGCAAAAGCUCCUAAUAGAACUGGAUAAAUAUGCGCCAGAUGUGGCUGAACUCAUCCGGACACCCAUGGAAAUGCACUACAUCCCCCUCAAGGUAGCACUAUUCUAUCUGUUGAACCCCUACACUGUGAUGUCUUGUGUGGCAAAGUCCACCUGUGCCAUCAACAAUACUGUCAUUGCAUUCUUCAUUUUAGCUACAAUAAAAGGUAGUGCCUUCCUCAGUGCUGUAUUCCUGGCAUUAGCAACAUACCAGUCACUCUACCCUGUCACGUUGUUUGCUCCAGCUCUACUUUACCUUUUACAGCGUCAGUUCAUACCGAUAAAACCGAAAAGUAAAAGCUUCUGGCUCUACACCAUGCAGUAUGCAGCCUUGUACCUGUGCAGCCUGGUAGUAAUCAUCUGCCUCUCCUUCUUCCUCCUCAACUCCUGGGAUUUUAUCCCAUCUGUUUACGGGUUUAUCCUUUCUGUUCCAGAUCUGACACCCAAUAUUGGCCUUUUCUGGUACUUCUUUGCAGAGAUGUUUGAGCACUUUAGUCUUUUCUUCGUAUGCGUAUUUCAGAUCAAUGUGUUCUUCUACACCAUUCCCUUGGCAGUAAAGUUAAAGGAACACCCUGUGUUCUUCAUGUUUGUCCAGCUUGCAAUCAUUUCUAUCUUCAAGUCCUAUCCCACAGUGGGAGAUGUUGCACUGUAUAUGGCCUUCCUUCCAGUCUGGAGCCACCUUUACAGAUAUCCUGCUCAUCUCAGAUUAUUUCUAUGCCUUCCUCCGGCGGGAGUACUACCUCACUCACGGACUCCAUUUGACAAGACAAGAUGGGACAGAGGCCAUGCUUGUUUUGAAGUAAGGAUUGUAUCCACCAGUCCUUGGGACAUGGACUACUCUAAGGAACAGUAAAGCUUGGUGUAUAUGGGGUGGGUGGGGAAGGUUCCCUGGAUGAGGUCUGAAUUUGGGGAUGAUACCUACUGAAAGAAAGAGCUGAGGUUCUUCUGGGAAUACCUUCCACAGCAGUGGACUCAGUGCAGGCUAAAAGCUGCAAGUAGAAUCUGCAAUGCCUCCACCGGAGCAUCUCCCUUCUUCCCUCAGCUGCGCUUUUCACCGUGGCCUCAGCCAUCAACUCUGGGCAGUCCAUCAGGAACUGGAAAAAGUGUUUGAGCUAAAACCAGGACUGAAUCUCUGGCCCAGAAACAGUUCAGCCCAUAAAUUGUUUACUUCGUUGUCACCGCUUCUUGGAGAUGUUUGCUUCUCCUGGAAAUUUCCCCUUCACUGCUUUUACCAGUAAUGUUCCUGCUUGACACAAGGCAAUGUCUGUGUACUUGGUGAUAA